AUGAAAGCGACGAACAUUAAUAACAAGGGAAAUUUACCAAAAUGUAAACCUAAACUGAAACUUAUUACAACUCCUGAAAGGCAACGUUGAUCAAUUCAAGAGUUCUGAAGUUAGUAAUUAAAAUUUAGCUUUAAAUAUUCUAGUACCAAAUNUUUUGGCUAGAAGUGUUUUGAAAACUUUGAUUUAGUUAUGCCUCCAAAAGGCAGAGGCCGUGGAAGAGGAGCAGGUAGACAAGAACAGGAACAACAUCCUCCAGGUCAAGGUCCUAGACAGGGACCUCCCAGACAAGGGCCACCUGGUUUUGAUGCCAGAGGAGGACCACCAGGAUUUGAUCCCAGACAAGGGCAAGGUCCUGCUAGACAGGAUGCCCCAAGACAAGAACAACAAAGACCUCAAAUGCGAGGUCCUGAUGAUCAACAAAGACAAGCUCCUGGCAGACCAGAACAAACAAGACCACCACCUGAUACUCGACCGCCACCGCGGGAAGAACCACCACCUGCGAGGGAAGUAAGAACAGAAAGAAGAGUUGACCCAGAACAACUUGGUAUUGAUCUGGAAUAUAAAAUGCAAAUACAAUCUUCAUUACCCCGAAAACCCAAACCUUCACAGCGUCCGCCUGGAAGAGUUAUCAGAUUGAUAUCCAAUUGCUUCAGUAUUGAUUUACCCCAAGGCAGUGUAUAUCACUAUGAUGUAGAUAUAGUUAGCAAAAGGAGAGCUGCUGAACCAAAAAAAGUAGCGCAAAUUCCGGCAUUACAAGAUGAUAAAAAGUAUCGCUGCAUGAGCACAAAGCGUAACAGAGAAAUAAUUGAUCUAAUGCUUAGAGUUGAUCCCCAUUUUCGAAACUUGCAUGCGGCAUAUGAUGGUAGAAAAAAUUUAUAUACUAAGAGACCCUUGAAUAUUCCGAAUCCUCCUCUGAAAUGUAAUGUUCAAAUGCCUCCAGAAAAUCCAGCUGAUGAGAGAACUGAUGAUUUUGUGGUUAAUAUUCAGCCUGUGAGAAAGAAGGAUAGCACCUCUUGUGCAAUCAGCUUGGAUUCACUACAAGCCUUGUUUGAAGGUCAUAUAAGUUCAAUUGAUCAAGAAGCCGUGAUGGCUGUUGAAACUAUUUUAAGACAUCGACCUUGUCAGCGGUUUUUUCCAGUUGGUCGCUCAUUUUUUUACCCACCUGCUGAGCAGGACAUUCACCCUCUGGGUGGUGGAAGAGAAAUUUGGUUUGGUUAUCAUCAAAGUUUGAGACUUGGUCAGUGGAAACCUAUGGUUAACCUCGAUAUCACUGCCACAACCUUUUACCAGAAAGGUCCUGUUCUUAAUUAUAUUGCAGAAUUCUUGAGGACAAACAUUGCUGGCUUAGAGAACACGACUCUCAGGGAUGCUGAUAUUAGAAGAAUUUCAAAAGAGUUGAAAAACAUGAGAAUUGAAGUAAACCAUUUAACAUAUAAACGGAAAUAUCGCAUUUUGACUUUAACUCGUGAAAGAGCUGAUAGAUUAGAGUUUAACAUCACUGAAAAUGGAGUUAAUCGAAGAGAGACUGUAGCAAAUUAUUUCCGAAGGCAGUAUAAUAGGCAACUUCGUUUUCCUCACCUUCCCUGCUUACAAGUAAAUCCUGCAGCAAAGCAAAUAUAUUUGCCCAUUGAGGUUUGUGAUAUGGUUGAAGGUCAACACUGUAAGAAAAAACUGGAAGAAAGGCAGAAUGCAGAAAUGAUUAAAUUCACUGCUAGACCUCCCAAAGCACGUUUUGAUGAGAUAAGAGAUUUACUGAAGAGGGCAGACUACAGCCGUGAUCAGUAUCUACAAGAAUUUGGAAUGAGAGUAUAUAAUGAACCGUUAAGACUUGAAGGCAGAGUUUUAGGUCCUCCAAGUGUUCGCUAUAACGAGUCUAAAAUAGUGCCUAAUGAUGGUUCAUGGGAUAUGCGUGGCAAACAGUUCUUUAAAGGAGCUGAAAUUGAUUCCUGGGUUUUCUUAAGUUUUGGAGGUCCACGAUUUUGUACUCAUGAGCACUUGAAUAAAUUUGCCAAAUUGUUAGUUAAUAUUGCUGGAGAAUCCGGUAUUUCAAUCGGCAGACCUCAACUAGUUGAUAUUAUCGACAAUCGCAGAGUUUCAGUUAAAGCAGUGUUGACUGAGAUGAAAAAGAAGUACAAUGCUCAGUUAGCUGUUAUUGCAGUUCCAGGUGCGAAUAAGGCUAUCUACGGUGAGAUUAAACAAGCUGCAGAAACUGUGCUUGGAUUGACUACUCAAUGUGUUAAAGAUGAUAAUGUCGUCAAGAAAUGUAAUCCUCCUUUAGUCAGUAACCUUUGCCAAAAGAUCAAUGCAAAGAUGGGAGGAAUAAAUAAUUCAUUAACCCCUGGGGAAACACCUGAAAUAUUGAGGCGACCUGUUCUUAUAAUAGGUGCAGAUGUUACGCACCCUAGUCCUUCAAAGGAUAUAAAGCCCUCUAUUGCUGCAGCUGUUGGUAGCCUCGACUCGCAUCCCUCUCGUUACGCUGUCACUGUACGAGCUCAGACUAAUGUGGAUGAAAAGAAGCAGGCAAUUGAGAUCAUAUUGGAGUUGAAAUCAAUGGUUAAGGACCUUCUGUCUGCCUUCUAUAAAAACACACGGGGUAAGAAGCCUGAAAAAAUCAUCUUCUACAGAGAUGGUGUAAGUGAGGGACAGUUUGAGCAUGUCAUGAGACAUGAAGUCACAGCCAUCCGUGAAGCUUGUCAAGAAAUCCAAGCUGGCUACGAACCUGGAAUAACCUUUGUUGUUGUUCAGAAAAGACACCAUACUCGUUUCAUGCCCCAAGAUGCAAGAGAUGGUGUAGGCAGAAUGAAAAAUAUACCGCCUGGUACGACAGUUGAUAACACUGUUGUUCAUCCAUUGAAUUUUGAUUUUUUCCUGUGCAGUCAUUUUGGAUUACAAGGUACUAGUCGACCUUGCCACUACACAGUGUUAGCUGACGACAACAACUUCUCGGCUGAUGACCUACACAAAUUAACGUAUUAUCUAUGUCAUACCUAUGUGCGUUGUACCAAAAGCAUAUCAAGUCCAGCCCCAGUCAUGUAUGCUCAUUUGGCUGCAUUCAGAACUCGCCAAUACCUUGUAUCAAUGCUGGAUGAAUCAAGUGGGGAUAGUACUGAUUCAGCUUCUACUUUUCAUCCAUUGCCGGAUGCUGUGAUUAAUGCCAUUAAGGUUAUAGAUACUCUAAAAAACACAAUGUACUUCGUCUGAGGUACUAUUCAUGUUGACAUAGCCUUGCCUUAAAUUGAAAACUUUGUAUAAAAAUUUUUGUUGAGGUUAUGUGACUGGAGAGCAGAGCAAUUAUUUUUCGAAUAAGCCUUUUUUUAUUAUUUGCUAGUAUAUUAGAUCUCAUUUAAAUAUUGCAAAAGCUUCUAAGGGGUUCAAGAGUUAUGACCAAUGCUUAUGUACUGUAUUAAUCUUGUAUAAAAUAAUGACCAGUGCUUGUGUACUAUAUAAAUACUGUAUAAAAUAAUAAAUUGAAUAGGAAAUAAAAAUAUUUU